UGAGCGUUACAGUGUCAUAUCAAACGACACAAUUGGUUUUGUUGACAGCCGAUUUUAAUCGUUUGUAGCUUUGGCUUAGCAUUACCUUUCCGACAAAUAAACAAUAAUUUAUAGCAUAAAAUUGGCAUAAAUAUGCCUACAUGGAAUCAAAUCCAAGCCCAAUUGCGGCACCCAAAUAAUCCGGUCGUUUUUUUCGAUGUUUCAGUCGGAACAACCGAAAUCGGUCGAAUGAUUCUAGAAUUGUUUGCUGAUGUUGUGCCCAAGACGAGUGAAAAUUUUCGCCAAUUUUGUACCGGAGAGCAUCGUAAAGAUGGUAUACCACUUGGAUUCAAAGGCGCCAAUUUCCAUCGCGUUAUCAAAGAUUUCAUGAUUCAAGGCGGUGAUUUUGUAAAUGGCGAUGGAACUGGUGUGAUUAGUAUAUAUGGCGGUACAUUCCCAGAUGAGAAUUUCUCACUAAAACAUGAUUCGCCGGGACUUUUGUCAAUGGCAAACAGUGGAAAAGACACAAAUGGUUGUCAGUUUUUUAUUACGUGUGCAAAGUGUAAUUUUCUCGAUAAUAAGCACGUUGUAUUUGGCCGUGUGCUAGACGGAUUACUGAUCAUGAGAAAAAUUGAAAAUGUCCCAACAGGGCCAAAUAACAAACCUAAACUACCUAUUACCAUUUCACAAUCAGGUGAACUAUAACAACCGUUCACUCUUUCAACAUACGUCUAUGGAUAAACGGGGGACGACAACGACAUCUUCAACCAACGUACAAGAUUCUCUUUGGAAAAAAUUGAACUAUAUUUAAAUCAAAUAUACUUUUAAUACGAUAAAAAAAAUGCAUUUUAAUAAAUAACAGGAAAAUUCAAUUGAUAAA